AUGCCAGUUGCAGCAGGCCAGAAACAGCGCGCAAUUGAACCCGUCAUCUUGCUGCAGCUCGUUGUCUCUGCCAUCGCGCCGUUCUUUACCACCUUUCCUUCGGUGCAGUCAGUAAUUGCACCUCAGACCGACCUUAAAACCACAGGUACUUUGACACGCACACACAAAGACGCACACUCCACACUCUCUCACGUCGUCACAAUUGCGAUAAUCCUGGCUGCGGCAUAUCCAAUUUUGACUGCCAGUGGGGCCAGAGCUCAGCCGGAUUCCCUAGCUGCCUCUUUUGCGACGACCGGAGGACACGACCCAGAGCAGAUCCCUGUCGCUUCGUGUCGCAGCCGAUUUGUUAACACGCGAGGCAUCCUCGUCGCGACUGCUCGACUUAUCGCAUCGCCGCAACUCCAGAGGCCUAUCAUCAUCGCCAGCUUCACUCUCGUCGACGUUAUUGGACCUGUUCCCAGUCCCGUGAUUCUCCCUGCCUGCGGAGAACAAUCUUCCAAAACACCCGCGACGCCCGUCUCUCGCGUCGCUACUGGACGCCUCGGUCAUUGCCCUCGUCGUCCAUUCCUCUGGCGACCCUCACGCCUGCUUGACAGGGCGUUGGGGAGAACCCGCCAGUCCGGCCAGCAAAUCGCUGCCGCCGACCGUUCAGACCCGUGUGCCACUUCGGCGCAAAAAGACACCACACACACCAUAAACCCAGCCAAGAGACCCGCCCACGGCGACACCAUUGUGUCCCCCAUUUCAGGAGCUCAGGCCGGCUCAGUCUAUGAACAGCGAUGCCUCGGUCGCGAGCGGUGGAACGGCAUUCUGGCUGUGAACCGCUUCAUCCGGUGCCUAGUCGGCAUUGCCCAAACACACGAACGGCAAGGCGACCGGCGUGCUGGUGAUGCCGGCGAGGCCUAUUGCGAACAUGUAGAAGUCUACCUGUGA